GUACAUUUAAUUUAUCAUGAAAUUUCUAUUCACAAAGGAUAUCUCCCUGACUUAUGGCGGGAAACCCAAAGUGAAAGUAGAUUUGGGGAUCCCUGCACAUCGGCAUACAUAUUGUAGAGAGAUGCCACAAGAGUUCCAAGUGUUGCGAUGCUACCAGUGUUCGACUUUCCAAGUGCAUCAAGUGAAGAAAGCAAAGAAGUGGAGCUGUAAGAUGUGUGGGGAAAAACAAUCUGUUAUCAAGGUGUUUGGGAGGGGAGUAGCAGCAGACUGUCGACGCCAUGUUCAGAAACUUAACAGUCUGAGGGGUGAGAUAGAGCAGGUCACCUUCGAAAGCAGUCCUAGUUAUACUUCUCAGGAGCAGUCAGAGUUAUCACACCAACAGAUGACUGAGGACAAUAACCCCUCUGUUGAUCGCUGGUCUAGGUUUGUGACCCCUUACGAGGAGGAAGGUGAUGCAGAAGAUGAUGAAAAUGAUGACAUGUUCACAACAGAUAUGGCUGAGUUGAGGCAGAAACAGAUGACAAGAAAAAGGAAAAGAUAUCAGAGGGACAACGAUUGUGAAGAUGAUUCAUCUGAUCACUCUCAGUUUAUUUACGGUAGAAGUCAAAUUCAGGACAGAAGACAAAUACAAAUUGAUGACUCUCCAGAAGGGUCUUCCACCGAUAUGAGAGGAAGGAAAGGCAAUAUUAAUCACUUGGAGAACAAAACUUUUAUCCAGGAAUACAAGUCUCCUUCUCAGGCAAGGUACCCGUCUGUAAACUCUGUGUGUUCAGUCAAAGAUGACAACGAAGGUCAAGGACAUUGGUCAAAUUUAGGCGGAAAUGUAACAAUUCAUCAUUCUGGUUACCAUGGAAACCAGAGGGAUGCAUUGCCAGGAGAUAGGCCAGGUCCUGCAGCUAAUACAGGUCAAGGUUAUGGCAAUUAUCAGGGCAUGAACAAGGUUCAAAUACUGAACAAAUGUCAGACUCAUCAUAAAGUUCAGGAUACAGAUCAAGGCUUAAAUAAUGGCCAAGUUCAUCUUGAUGGUAUGAAAAAGAAUCGAAAUGCAUCUAAAUGGAGUAAGUAUAAAAAUGACUCGGAUUCAAGUGAAGAAACUUACACUUUUAAAGAACAAUCAAUUAAUGGAAUUGACAUUUGUGAAAAGGGACAUAAUCAAAAUCUGAAUGCUGAUAAAGGAAAAGCUUUAGGUAUUGCUACCUCUGUACAAAGUAAAUUUAAAGGCUCAACAGAAACUACUCGGGGUUUUUCUGUCCAGGAAGGAAGACUCAAAGAUUUUGUAAAUGCUAGAUCAUCAACCGUAAAACUGACAAGUCAUGAUGAGAUGUGGAGGGAAAGUGUGACGUCUAAGACAUGUAUUGGAAGGGCAUGCCCUGAGGAAAGAGUUGGUGUUUUGGGAAGUAGAUUUAUAGAGGGUAAAGGUAACAGAUGUAGGGGAGAUAAUUCUAACAGUAUUACUGGACUGGAAGAUAAGCAGGGUAACACAGAUAAAUUUAAUAGUGUAAAUCAGGACAGCUUUGCAAGUACUCGAAAUCCAAACUAUAAAAGUCAUUAUCAGACAAGUUCUGAACCAUUAACCAGUUGUAGUGAAAGCUUUCACAACUCGUACAUUACAGAACAGGACAUCACACCCAGUACAGAAUUGUCCUCUCUAUCACAUUUAACUAGGUGUAACCAAGGGAUGGGUCAUUCUGAACAUGUAGUGUCACAAAAGUCCACUUCUCUGCAGUCAAUGUUUGUAACAGAGGAUAUCACAGACGAGGAUUUGUUACUAUAGAAAGUUUAUCAUCUUUGAAUGAAUUGUCUUUACAAAUAUUGUUUAGUUUGUCAAAUGAUCUACUAUCAGGUCCACCUGUGAACCUCGGCAAUUUUCAUUGUGUAAAUAAAAUUUCAAAGAAAUUUGAA